CUGACUUUCGAGCAUUCAACUACCACUUGCUCGCCUUUGAUUGCCCCUUCUUCUGGAAUCGUUCGUAGCAUACUCGAACGCAAUGGAUGAUUUUUCACGCCCAAAGCGAAUACUUCCCGAAAUCUCUAGUACCCCGCCCAACCUACUAGCAUCACCAUCCUCCAAGAAGACCAAAAUCGAGCACAUCUCUGCGCCCACUCUUCGACCCACGAGCCUACGGAGCAGCCCGAAGACUCGGUUCAACUCCAGCCAUUCUCAGACUACGUUCGAAUCCGAAGUCCUCGAGAAUCUCAAGCAUACCAAUACUGAGAAGGACCAGACAUGGGACCGCCCCGCCUUGGAUGUCUUGAAUUCUACCACGGAUGCCGUGUGCUUUCAGCAGAUUGAGGCCGAAGAAGGAACACUUCAUGGUGGUCGACCCGCAGUCAAACUCUUCGGCAUUACCGAGAAGGGCAACUCGGUUCUGUUACACGUCACCAAUUUCAAACACUACCUCUAUGUCGCAGCGCCUGUGUCCUUUCAGCAGGGAGACGUCAACUCUUUCAAGGCUUUUCUCGAGGCACAAAUUGCUCAUCAUGCGCCUGUCGUACACUCCGUGUCGCUGGUCCAGCGAGAGAACAUUUACGGCUUCCAAGGCAACGUGAAGAACCCGUAUAUCAAGAUUGCUGUGAAUGACCCCAAGCUCAUUAGCAAACUUCGCGCUACAAUUGAGGCCGGCAAAGCCAACUGGAGAGGACUCUGGAGCGGUGCUACCGGAGGUGUCAUGACAUUUGACAACAUUGAGUACGUUCUGCGGUUCAUGGUUGACUGCAAGAUCCAGGGGAUGUCCUGGGUAGAAGCACCUGCCAACUCGUACACACUGGUACCCCCAUCUUUGCGCCAGUCGGUCUGUCAAAUCGAAGCGGAAAUAAACUACAUCGAUCUAAUUGCCCACUCACCGAAAAACGAAUGGUCUAAGAUGGCACCGCUUCGCAUUUUGUCUUUCGACAUAGAGUGUGCUGGACGAAAGGGCGUUUUCCCCGAGGCUCAUGUGGAUCCAGUCAUUCAAAUCGCCAAUGUGGUGACACGAUACGGAGAGAAAAAACCGUUUGUUCGUAACGUGUUUUGUCUGGAGAAGACCAGCUCUGUUGUUGCGACCCAAAUCCUGGAGUUCUCAGACGAGAGGGAGAUGUUGAGUCAGUGGCAACAAUUUCUUCAGACCGUCGAUCCCGAUCUCAUCAUAGGCUACAACAUUGCCAAUUUCGACUUUCCCUAUCUGCUCUCCCGAGCGAGGCACCUCGGCGUGGGGAACUUCGAGUACUGGUCACGCCUCCUUGGCGUUGCCUCCAAGGCAAAAGAUACCAACUUCACAAGCAAACAAAUAGGAAGUCGAGACUCAAAAUCCACCAACACAAAUGGUCGACUACAGCUCGAUCUGCUUCAACUAGUGCAACGUGAUCACCACCUCCGCAGCUACACCCUGAACUCUGUCUGCUCCCAUUUCCUAGGUGAGCAGAAAGAAGACGUUCACUACACAAUGAUUACCGAGCUCUUCAAUGGGAGCCCCGAAACGCGACGUCGCCUGGCUCUCUAUUGCUUGAAGGACGCUUACUUGCCUCAAAGACUGAUGGACAAGCUCUCUUGCCUUGAGAACUACACUGAGAUGGCAAGAGUCACCGGUGUACCGUUCAAUUAUUUGUUGGCGAGAGGUCAACAGGUCAAGUUCAUUAGCCAACUCUUCAGGAAGGCGAGAGAGCAAGGGCUCAUCAUUCCUAACUUAAAGUCGGAAGCCAAUGAUGAGCAGUACGAAGGUGCCACAGUUAUCGAGCCCAAACGCGGAUUCUAUGAUGUGCCAAUCGCCACGCUGGAUUUUGCAUCUCUUUACCCCAGCAUCAUACAGGCGCACAAUCUCUGCUACACUACUCUGGUCAAUAACAAGGCCAUUGAGACGCUCAAUCUUGAGAAAUAUGAGGACUACAUUGUCACUCCGUCGGGUGCCACCUUCGUAACGACAAAGCAGCGGAAAGGUUUGCUGGCUCAGAUCUUGGAAGAACUGCUUACCGCAAGGAAGCAGGCAAAGCGAGAACUCUCGGUGGAGAAGGAUCCAUUCAAAAAGGCAGUGUUGAACGGGAGGCAGCUGGCGUUGAAGAUCAGUGCCAACUCCGUAUAUGGCCUAACCGGUGCCACGACGGGGAAGCUUCCGUGCCUUGAGAUCGCUAGUAGCACGACUGCCUUUGGCCGAAAGAUGAUUGAGAGAACGAAAGAAGAGGUUGAGAAUAUUUACACCAUUGCUAAUGGUCAUUCUCACGACGCUGAAGUCAUUUACGGUGACACCGACUCGGUCAUGGUCAAGUUCGGCACCAAAGAUCUCUCCGAGGCGAUGAGACUGGGCGAAGAGGCGGCGAGGCUCGUAUCCUCCAAGUUUAUCACGCCAAUCAAACUCGAAUUCGAAAAGGUUUACUAUCCCUACCUGCUUAUCAACAAGAAGCGGUACGCCGGCCUGUACUGGACCAAUUUGAAAGCAUACGACAAGAUGGACACGAAGGGCAUCGAGACUGUCCGGAGAGAUAACUGUUUAUUAGUGCAAACUGUUAUCGACAAAGUUCUCAGAAUGAUUCUUAUCGACCAGGACGUCUCGGGCGCCCAAGAAUACGUGAAAGACACGAUCGCAAACCUGUUACAAAACAAAAUUGACAUGUCCAAGCUCGUCAUUACCAAAGCGCUGACCAAGGAUGACUACGCAGUCAAGCAAGCUCAUGUUGAGCUUGCUCAGCGGAUGAGGAAACGCGAUGCUGGCUCAGCGCCUGGCCUCGGUGACCGGGUUGCGUAUGUUAUGAUCAAGGGUGCGGCCGGAUCCAAGAACUAUGAGAAGUCAGAGGAUCCGAUCUACGUGUUGGAGAAUAACAUCCCCAUCGACACGAAGUACUAUCUGGACAACCAGCUUGCGAAGCCUCUGGGCAGGAUUUUCGAGCCGAUCCUAGGGGAGUCAAAAGCCAACUUGCUACUCUCGGGAGCACACACACGGACUAUUGCAGUUGCCGCGCCGACCGUUGGUGGGCUAAUGAGAUUCGCGAAGAGAACACUGACUUGUAUGGGCUGCAAGAAACCCUUGGCGGACAAGGAGGAGAAAGCUGGCGCAGUGUGCAUGAGUUGCGCACCCAGGGUCGGUGAACUGUACAAGAAAACACUGGACGUGGUGUCAAGCUCCGAGGUGCGGUUCGGGCGAUUGUGGACACAAUGUCAACGGUGUCAGGGCAGCUUGCAUUGUGAGGUAAUCUGCAGUAGCAAGGAUUGUCCUAUUUUCUACAUGAGGAUGAAAGCGAAGAAGGAUCUCGAGGACGCAGGGAAGGAGCUCAAACGGUUCGACUCUGACCAGGCAGCUGUUUGGUAAGUGUAAAUGUAGUGUUUUAGGAAAGCUUUUCUGGAUUGAUAGAGAGCACUGUUAGCCUCUCGGCAAUCCGCGUCAUGCAGGAGGGAUUUUGAGCCCGGGAGCUCCUAACUAGACUUAAGUUUGAACACCGAUGGUGCCAUUGUUG